AUGGCACCCAUCGAGCGCAUCACCCUCUUCAAGAUCCCCAACGAGGCUGAUCAGGACCGUCUGCUGGAGCAGUAUAAAAUUUUGGCUAAGACUGCUACUAAGGACGGAAAGCCUUAUAUUGUCUCCGCCGCCGUCGGAAAGUCCAUUCCUGAUCCCCGCAACCGCGGCUUUAACAUCUCCGUUAAGACUACUUUCGCUUCGAUGGAGGAUAUGAAGUACUACGACACAGAGUGCGAGGCUCACAAGGCACUCAAGGCUCUUGUGGGGCCGAUCAAGGAGGAUGUUAUGACUACUUUCUACGAGAAUAUUCUUUAA